UUACAAAUAUGUAAUCUAUGGUUUACGUCAGUUUAUGCGGAUGAUUAUGCAUUGAUGAAUUCGUUGAUAAACGAAUAUUUGAAGGAGUUACCUAGUUUUUAUUGUUAACAAGCAACAUUUCCAAAGCUGGUAAUUUAUCAAGUAAUGACGCAGUACGGGUAAAAGUGACAGCCAGAGAUGAGAUAAUUUAUCGUAAUCAGUAUUGACAUUCUUCAUUUGCUCUUGCUGAAUGUUGAUACAACAGCAAAUGAUACAACAAUGAAUUUCGCCGUGGAUUGGGAAACCGAGCACCGGCGUGUCUUGCUGGAGAGCAAUGCAGCGUUGGAACGCUCGGCGCAAUCGGUCGCGAGGUCGCAAGCUGUCGCAGCUGAAAGCGAGCAGAUUGGGACAGAAGUGAUCAGCGAGUUGGGUGGACAGAGAGAACGCCUGCUGCGAGCAAAGCGGCGUUUAUCGCAGACGGAUGAAGAAUUGAAUAAAACGCGAAGAAUUCUUAACAUUAUGCGACUAAAGGUCUUGACAAAUAAGAUUGUGCUAAUUUUGAUUAUAUUGCUAGAACUAGUCAUACUUGGUAUUAUUGUGUAUUUAAAAUUCUUCCACAAAUAAGUUGCCUAUUUUAUUGUUAAGCUGAAGAUUAAGAUUAUCGAAUAAACUUGAUAAUGCGAGAAGUAUACACAGUGGAAUAUAACGUAUAUUGAUAG